AUGUUAGUUUAUGGUGAGCUCAUCACUGGCUAUCUUACACCAGCGCGACCCAUCGUGCGAAUCAACCCCAACGAAGUCCACUGCGAUGACAUCCGCUUCGCAGACGAGAUAUAUGCUACCGGCAGCCGAAAACGCGACAAGCCAAAGCACCAAGUCAACGGAUCUUCUAUCUCAUUAUCCGGAUUCGGCACCAUCGACCACGACCUCCACCGCCUCCGGCGCGUCCCCCUAGCAAAAUUCUUCUCCAGAGCCAUGAUAACACGGCUCGAACCCGAAAUCCACAGUCUGGUCCAACAGCUCUGCGACAAGCUACUGCGGCAAUCCGGCGACAAAGAACCCUUCGACAUCGCCAUGGCAUACAGCUGCUUCACUUCCGACGCCAUUUCCAGCUACAGUUUCGGCGAAAGCUUCGGGUUCCUCGACCAGGAAGGGUGGUACCCGAAUUUCCGAGAGCCAACGGCCGCAGUCCUUAGACCGGUUUUUGUGUUUCGGUUUUUUCCUUGGACAAGUAAGAGUGCGGCGCUCGCGACGACUUUUAUCGAUUAUUUGCCCAAGGAUAUCGCGCUGAUGGUUAAGACUUUGCAGGUUGAUUUGCCUAAUAGAGUGCUCAAAGCGAAGGCGGAUCUUGACGCGGGAAUCACGUACGACCGACCCACGAUCUUUGCUUCGCUAUUACAGUCUGACCUCGGUGCCGGGGAUAAGGGCGUGGUGCGUCUAGUCCAUGAGGCACAAGCUGUACUGGGUGCUGGUACAGAGACCACGAGCUGGGCUUUGGCCGUGAUGACAUACCACCUCCUCACCAACCCCAAAAUCCUCGCUAAACUUACCCAAGAGCUCCAAACCGUUGUAGAAGACCCGCUAAACCUCCCUGGCUGGACUGUCCUGGAAACACUACCUUACCUCGGCGCUGUCAUUCAAGAAGGACUCAGACUAUCCUACGGCGUUUCUAGUCGUACAGCUCGUAUUCCGACGGAGGAGACGCUGCUGUACCGUGGCGAAUGGAAUAAAAAGUCUGUUGAGUACGUUCUUCCCAAAGGCUAUGCGAUCGGUAUGUCGUCGUACGUUACGCAUCACGAUGAACGCGCUUUUCCGGACUCUUAUGCUUUUGUGCCGGAGCGGUGGUUGGAUGAGAAUGAUCAGAGGAGGAAGGAGCCGGAGCGCAGUAUACUUUCUUGGUCGAAGGGGAGUCGCUCUUGUUUGGGGAAGAAGUAA